AUUGGCGCUAUGGCUCCUUUGGCUUCUUUGACCCGGCAGGGUUUUGCAAGAAGGGCGAUGAGGCCGGAUUCCGCAACCUUCGUGCUGCUGAAAUCAAGCAUGGCCGCGCCGCGAUGAUGGCAGCCCUUGGUGCAGUGGUGCAACACUAUGUGAAGUUCCCUGGCUUUGAGUCUGUUCCAAGUGGCCUUGCUGCUUCCAUCACAGCUCCAGGAAGCUAUGGCUUUGUGGCACUUUUCGCUGUGGCUGGCAUCCUUGAGUUGGGCGCGUGGACUGAGAGUGAUGACAAGGAGCCAGGAAACUUCGGUGACCCCCUUGGCCUGAACCAGUACAACCAGGAAAUGAGAGAGUCUUAUCUGAAGUGA